AUGACGCGCGUCGCCCCGUCGCCCGCCUUCUUCCGCGUCUCCACCGCGCGUCGCCGCCCCGCACGGCCUCGCGCCCACGCGCGCGCGUCCACGGACGACGACGACGACCGAGAGACCACGAUCGAUUUCUCCGUCGACGUCCAGAAGGAGUUCGAGCGCGGCGUCAAGUUUGGCCUUGAAGAAAUCCGACCGAGAUUCUAUCCGAACGCCGUCUCGAGCGCCGAUCGCGGGUUACCCAUCGCGGACGCCCUCGUCGCGACGUCCGCGCAGGUGGCGCUGGCGGCGGUGACGCUCGCGCUCGGUCGAUGGCGACCGAGCUGGUUGGUCGCGGCGCCGGCGCUCGGCGCGCGCGGGUUCGCGUACUUGCCGAGCGCGUUGGCGCACGGAAGUAAACUGGCGGCGGUGUGGACGGUGGGUGGAUUGGCGGGACGGGCGUACGAGAGAAAGGCGUUCGAUGGGACGUUCGAGGAGGCGAUCAAGCGCACGGUGCAGGGUGGGUGCUUCGCGGCGGGUUUGCUCAUCUUGUUGAGCCAGGCUGAGGCGCGCGCGCGGUUCGCGCAAGAGGGGUUGGGGGAGCCCGUUCUCGGGAAUUCUCCCGAGGGCGACGCGAUAUUGAUUAGGGCUGUCGUUGAACUCUUCGUUGACAUUGCGAGCGAGGCCACGGCGUUAGUGACGUGGCGGGCAAUUCGAUGGAACACGUCGCCGACGGAUCCAAUGUCGCUCCUUCCGGACGCGUCUUUAGAUGACGAUGAGCGUCGAUGA